AUGCAAUACGUCUCGAGGAGCAAUUCAAGCUACCCAUGGAAUUGCAUCUUCGCAUGGUUAUGGACUGCGUCUCCGCUGUUGGCUACAGCUACCUAUGGAACUGCGUUUUCGCAUGCUGAGUCUAGGAAAACGGGACUAAUCGACAAUUUCUGGAUGAAACGUCGCAAUUUUAUUAAAUAUGAAGAUAUGAAGGAUGAAAAACAAUCGGGUUUUAAAGGGGAAAUUUCAACAAAAGAUAAAGUUUUAAAACGUAUAAGAAUAAAUGAAUACUUUCCAGUUACUCUACAAUGUGAACAAGAUCAGCCACCACAAACUCCUCCACAUCGAAUUUUUUCGUGUGGUGCUUUAUCAGAUGCUUCUACAAUAGGACAAAUGCAAAAUUACGAAGUUGAUAUCGAAAAUACGUACUUAAAAUUAUCUCAGGAGAAUUCACAGAUUGUACCGCAGAAAAUUCGUAAAAUAAUCGAAAAAAUGAAAGAAAAUAAAUCUGUUUUUGAUGUAAUUUCCCUGGAUAGUACUAUUGAGGAUGUUCUAGAGAAACCGUAUGUUAGACCUUUUAUUCAUAAAGAACAUCAUGAUCUCUUAUGGAUACAAGAUAUUUAUAAACGUUUAUUUCUUUUUGAUGCACCCACUAACCUACUAUUAGAUCCAGAUCAAAGUGAACUUUCUUACUGGAAAAACUUUAUGAAUCCCAUUGUUGUUAAAGUUUUUGACGACAUCAUAGAUUUAAUCAAAGUAAAAAUAGGGAAAGUAGAAAACCAAUCGAACAAAACUCAAAGGAUUGAAACUCGUCAAUAUAAGCAACGCGUUAGUAUCGGGUGUUCCCAAGACAGGAUAUACUCUAUCAAUAUAAAUGCUACUAUUUUAGAAGUAGGGUUCUUAGAGGUUGUUGGUAACGCCCUUUAUACUGAUAUCAAAAAAUUAAGCGAAGAUACUGAAAAAGUGUUUAAGUGUAUGCAAAUUUCUAUUCAUUACCAAUGUCAACACUAUAUAUCACAUGGAGCAACAGAACAAGAAGUAUCUUCUAUAGA